AUGACCGCCGCAAGCACCUACGUGCUUAAGGAUCACUUUACAGGAUCCAACUUUUUUGAUAACUUUUAUUUCAUGAACGCUACGGACCCUUCCAAAGGAUACGUAGAGUACGUGGACCAGACCACGGCGCAAAACUUGGACCUCUACAAUUACCAUGAGAACAAGAAUUGGAUGUAUGUUGAUAACACUACCAUUGCAUCCUUGCCUGGUCGCAAAAGCGUUCGUAUUCAAAGCAACAAUGUCUACAAUCAAGGCCUGUUUAUUUUUGAUAUGAGCCAUAUUCCGUGGGGAUGUGGAACUUGGCCUGCUAUCUGGACUUCCGGUGCCAAUUGGCCUUACAGUGGAGAAAUUGGCAAGUACAUCAUGGAAGGUACCAACCUCAAUACGUUCAACUCCAUGACGCUCCAUUCCUCUGCCAACUGUACCAUGGAUAAUGUAACGCAAGUGAUGACCGGAACGAUGACCGCCUCAGGCUGCGGUAGCAGCAGCGGGUGUAGCAUCCGAGAUUCCAGAUCUACCGCUUAUGGCCACGGUUUCAAUGUCAUUGGCGGUGGUGUGUUUGCUAUGGAAUGGCUGACUAAGGGUAUCAAGAUUUGGAACUUCCCUCGCACAGGCAUUCCCUCGGAUAUUCAGUCAGGAGACCCUGAUCCAACCUCUUGGCCCACUCCGCAAGCUGACUUUCCUUUUGGCGCCAAUUGCCCAUCGACCAAUUUCAAGAACCAAUACAUCAUUCUCAACACCGAUUUUUGUGGGUGGGGUAACCAGACAUUCACCAGCAAUGGAUGCGGUAGCAGUUGCCAGCCUUAUGUAGCCAAUCAUCCUGGAAAUUUCAGCGAUGCGUUUUUUACUAUCAACGAUAUUAAAGUGUAUGAGCAGCAGUGAAAUCAGUUUCAUUGUGGACCCUGUUACUCAAAGACGGCCACCAAGUGCAUUAUGUAAUAGCAUG